CAGUUGGGGUGGAGUCAGCCAAUGGCUUGGAAGCCUGGAAAAUUUUGCAGGACAGUUUCUCCGGACAGCUUUGCAAAGGCUGUGCCAUUUCAAUUGAAGCACACAUCCACGCGCUGCGCUCUCAGCUUCUGGCUCGCCUCCCAGCUCUGAGAGAUCUCGGAUUCAGUCUCGCCUUUCCUCUUUAGUUGUCCCUGUGGUGACAAACUUCUCCAGGCUCUGCUAGGCAGGACUCCUGAGCAACCAUGGCAGACACCAGCCUCCAGAUUGUUGAGCAACCAGCAGCUUCUGAGGCUUCUGAAGAGCAACCCAAUGAAGAACCCAUCAAAUCUGACCAGAUUAAUGGUGUAAUGGUGCUCACCCUUCUGGACAAGAUCAUUGGAGCCGUUGAUCAGAUUCAGCUGACCCAGAGUCAGCUCGAGGAGAGGCAGCAGGAGAUGGAUGGGGUAGUGGCCAGCAUCCAAGGGGAGCUGGCCAAGCUCACAAAGGCCCACACCACCACCAGCAACACCGUCAACAAGAUGUUGGAGAAAGUCCGCAAGGUCAGUGUGAAUGUGAAAACUGUCCGGCAGAAUCUGGAGAAGCAAGGUGGGCAGAUCAAGAAGCUGGAAUCCAACGAGGCAGAGCUGCUGAAGCGCAGGAACUUCAAAGUCAUGAUCUACCAGGAUGAGGUGAAGCUGCCAACCAAGUUGAGCAUCAGUAAGUCUUUGAAAGAAACAGAGAAGGAAGGGGAAGGAGAAGAGUUACCAGCAGGUGAUGAGCAUGCUGAUGAGGAACAUAUCGAGCUCUCCUCAGAUGAAGAAGUGGAGGUAGAGGAGAUCAUUGAAGAGUCACGGGCAGAACGUAUCAAAAGGAGUGGUAUGAGGAAGGUGGAUGACUUCAAGAAAGCAUUCUCCAAGGAGAAGAUGGAGAAGACCAAGCUGAAGACCAGAGAAAACCUGGAGAAGACCAAGCUGAAGACCAAAGAGAACCUGGAGAAAACCAAACAGAAUUUGGAGAAGACCCGACACAACCUAGAGAAGAGGAUGAACAAGCUGGGAACCAAGAUUGUCACCAAUGAGCGCAGGGAGAAGAUGAAGACUUCCCGGGAUAAGCUGAAGAAGUCCUUCACCCCUGACCAUACGGUCUAUGCUCGCUCCAAGACAGCAGUCUACAAAGUGCCACCUUUCACCUUCCACGUCAAGAAGAUACGGGAAGGGGAAGUGGAGGUGAAGGCCACUGAAAUGGUGGAGGUUGGUGGGGAUGAGACAGAGAACACGGAUCUGCUGAGGGGCGAGAGCCCUGAAAUGAGCACGCUCCUGCAGAUCACGGAAGAGUCAGACACAGUGCUGGCAGACAAGAGCGACAGUGAGUAAGGCACGAAGCAGAAGAACGUCAAAAGCUGAACAUGUAACCUUUCACGUUUCCUCUAUUUUGGCCCUACAUGGGCAUACACACACACACACACACACACACAAAAUAUAGCAAUCUUAUAACCCCCUUCCCCCAAAAUGUAGCACCAAGGUGCAUUUUUGUAUAUUUCUGUUUCAGCAUAGAACACGGGACUUCCUAGCAACCUAUCGAACACCAUUCCUUGCUACUGAAAGCUUUCUCUGCCAGCCUGCUGCCAUCUUCACCCCAACCUGCCAUCCUGCCCUUCCCUCCAAGGUGCUAUUGACAACUUAACCUAUUUGCACCCCCCCCCCCCAGAAGCAUGACUGCCUCUCAGCUAUGAUGCGCAGUGUCAAGAGUGCUUCCUGGGGACCAGAAGCAGAUUGGACAGACAAGAGGAGAACAGGAAGUAUGGAACCAAAGAAGAGGUGGGCGGGCUCUUGAAGCUGUCUGGCUUGAUAUAUCAUUGGCAUGGUGGAGAGUGAGAAGGGGAGCAACUGGUUGGAAAGGAAAUGGGGAAAGGUUGGCUAGGGAGGAAGGAUGUGAUGUCCUUACAGCAGGGAUCCCCAACCUUUUCAACCUUACAGGCACCUUUUGGAAUUUUGAGGGGGGGGGGGGUGAGCACCAUUCUAGAAUUCCUGCUGCAAAGGCAGAACUAAACUCGAAAUGGCUGCCACAGGAGACGGAGCCAAGUGCAGUGCUUCCCUUUCUGCUUUGCAAAUGAAUUGCAGAAGAGGAAUAAAAAGAAAAGAAGGAAAGCCCAAGGGAAUGGAGGGAAAAAGAAAAGAAUUUAAAAGAAUGAUAGCAUGAAGGGGAAAUGGAACCACAUACUGACUAAGGAAAGGGCAGGUGCUUACUCCUCCUGAUCCUAUAGUGGCUGUGGCUGCUGUUACAACAGAAAACCCUUUCAGUUGAAUGAGCGCAGCCAAUAAUUAGCCAUGCCUUACAAUGGCCCUGGCCACUUUCUGAAGAGCUCUAACACUGGCAGGCGCCAUGGUGUCCACAGGUGCCAUAGUGGGGAAGUCUGUAAUAGAGGGUGCAAGAGUGAGGUCUAUGCUCCACCCCCUAAAAAGAUUGUUUUGAUGCUGUCACAUUUGAUGGGGCCCUACAUUUGCACACACAAAGGACCAGGAACUUCCAGUGUGGACACUAAGAGAGAGGAGGAAUGAGCUCUCUACAAAGAAUCUUCAAAUGCUUUUUGUUUUUUUGCUUAUAGCUUCAUCUAUCUGAGCCACCUGGCCUACAUGGAUGUGUGCUUAUUUCCUGAGGGAUGGAAAGAAAUGGCAGGCAGGUGUGUUAAGCAGAGAGAGAAAUGGCAGAGACUGAGAACAGAAAAGGAAAGCUGUUAUCCUGUCAGUUAGCAAUCUUGAUACCCACCCUUGGGGCAGAUCCUUAGCAUUGCAGAUGGUUUUCUGCAGUGCCUGGGCUCUAGGUCAACCGCUGGGGGUGGGGGGUGGGGGUUGUGCUAUGGCUGGCUGGUAUCACCCGGUUUUCAACUAGAGCAAAUGCUAUUUGGGUGCUUCCCAGCAGGUUAACACUUAGCUAUGUCUGUUGAAUUUGCCAGCUAGGGAGAAAACAGGGAGGCAUGUGGGGGGGCGGGGGAGACAGACACCCGACCACUUGGUCAUUCCCAAGUCCCAACUGCCUUCUGCCUUCCCACCCCUCUUUUCUUUUGCAGUCUGUGGGCAAAGAACCAGGAGCCUCACUUCCCACCCCCCUCCCCAGUGCAACAAGGCUUCCUUCCUUCAUGUUUGGUGCAUGCUGCUGCCCUCCCUUGCAUGAUGUGGCAGAGUACUCUUCUUUGUCCUUUCCAUGCUUGUUCUUUGUGGGGGUCCAGGAGGGAAUGUCUGCAAUAGGCUUGGGCAGAGGGCUGUUCUGUGCACUGUUCCCCUGCUACCAUCUACACCGAAGCUACCUGAUUUGGCCAAGCAAUCCACUUCCCAACAGGAAGACACGAUGGGUGUGUGCGGGGGAGGGGGGAGUACUGUUAUCUGACCAUGGAGUGUGCACGUAAAUGUUGGGGCUGCUUCCCUGCCACACUCCGCUUUCCUGUGCAUCUUUCAGUAUUCUUAUCUGUUGCAAUGGAUCUCAUGCCCAGAAGAGCCCAAGUGAAAAAAGAUGCUUAGCAUUUAAGGCUGCCACAUCUAGGGCACCACUUCCACACUGGGGACAGCAAGGAGGGGCUGUGCCAAGCAGCUGCUUGGUUCCUUUUCUAAGACUGCCUCCUGGUGAGCAGAGUGACUUAAUAAACUUCCUUUUCUAAAAGA